UCAAACACAGAGCGUCGCUUUGAUGAGAUUAUUUUUAAGUCUGGGAGAAGAAGAAGCAGUAUGAUGAUGUGGACACUUGGUCUUCAGCUGGUUGUGGUUGGUGUUUUCCUACAGAUGCCAGGUUGCUUCCCAUCAUGCCUCAUUGAAGGCUCAGUUGCCCUCUGUGGUUUUAAAAACCUCCACUCGGUUCCUCCUCUUCCACCUCACAUCACCCAUUUGUUCCUGGAGAACAAUCGGAUCGGUGAGAUCAACGCCACCUCGCUGUCCGGCUUGGAGAACCUGCAGGAACUGGAUCUUGGGAAUCAGAAGGUGCCACUUGUCAUCCAGAGCAAUGCCUUCCUCAGGCAGAGUCGCCUUCGGAGGCUGGUGCUCGGGUUAAACCCUCGUCUUCAACUGGAACCGCUGGCCUUCGCUGGGCUGUCCAAUCUCCAGAAGCUCCACUUGGAUUACUGUUCGCUAAACGAGUCCAUUCUGACAGGAAAUUAUCUAGCACCACUGUCAUCUUUGCAGACUCUAAAUCUCUACGGGAACCAUAUUAAGAGACUCCGUCCUUCACCGUUCUUUGCGAAUAUGACUGAUUUGGCUAACUUGAAUCUGGAGCUGAACAAAAUUGAUGAAAUAUGUGAGUCUGAUCUUGUUAGUUUCAAAGGAAAGCACUUCACACUUUUUAGCCUUAAAGGUGUCUACCUGAGGAACAUGUUGAAUAAGAGUUUCGACUGGCAGAAAUGUGGGAAUCCGUUCAGGCGAGUAUCUUUCCAGACUCUCGAUUUGUCCUACAGUGGACUCAGUGUGGAUAAAUUAAGACUAUUUUUCAGAGCCAUUAGUGGAACAAACAUAUCCCAACUUAAAGUCUCUGGACACAUAGGAAAAGGAUUGUCUUUCAAUAAUCUCCCAGAUCCAGACCUCGACUUUUUUGAAGGCUUGAAAAACAGUUCAGUCCGCUUUCUGGAUUUGUCCAAGAACAGAAUAUUUGCAUUGCAUCAGAGGGUUUUCACUCCACUCACAGAAGUCACAGCUAUUGAUCUUUCUCAAAACAAAGUGAAUCAGAUACACAGAAUGGCCUUUGAAGGCCUUCAGGGUAAUUUAAAAACGCUCAACUUGUCACACAAUCUGCUUGGGGAAAUCCUUUCUCACACCUUUGCCUCUCUGACGAACCUGGAAAUUUUAGAUUUAUCUCACAAUCACAUUGGCGUUUUGGGUUACGACUCAUUUAGUGGACUUCCAAACUUGAGAGUCCUAAAUUUAACAGAUAACUCCUUGCAGGAAUUAGGUUUUCCUGCAGCCUUACCAAAUUUAGAAAUCCUUAAUCUGAACAGCAACAAGCUGACAUCCUCAUCGGUGAACACCAUCACUCGGUUUGCCCAUAACGUUUCCUCUCUGAGCAUUCAGAACAACAGAUUAACACAGAUUUAUUCAUUUCUGGAUCAGAUGAAACGCCUCAAACUGCUUCUUUACGGGGGAAACACAAUUAAGUGGUGCACCCUCAGGAGGCGCGUCGCUCCAUUUAACAUUAAAGUUUUGGAUCUGCAUGGGAGCUCUUUGCAGUCUAUCUGGGGUCAGGGCAAAUGCCUGGAUCUGUUCGGCAAAUUUCAAAAUGUGACCAGUCUCAACUUGAGCUCCAACAGUCUGAGAUCUCUUCCUCAAGGCAUCUUUAAGGGCCUUUUCUCAGUUGAAACGAUGGACCUCUCAUCCAACACCCUCACAUAUCUCCAACCUGACGUUCUACCUAAAAGUCUGAAAUCCCUCUAUCUCUCCGACAACUUCAUUGCCUCCCCAGAUCCAAUCGCUUUCAGCUCCCUCAGGUUCUUAGACUUGUCCAACAACAGAUUUUACUGCAGUAAUGAUCUGCAGAGCUUCUUGACAUGGAUGAAACAGACGAACAUAACGUUUUUGAGCCCAAUAGAGGAGUUCAGGUGUGAAUUUCCGGCUGGUUUCUAUAACAUACCGCUGUUAGAUUACACUGGUCACCUACCAAAACACUUGAGAGCUACCAAAAAGGAUAAUUAAUUAAUUAAUCCAAAAUUGACAGAUUUAAUGAUAAUUUGAUUUUCUUAACAUUUGUUGUUCUCCUUUAUCAAGAAGGACGACUAUUUUUCCAUAACAUAAAGGGGAAAAAAUUAAUCAAAUGCUGAAUAAAAACAACCCCUGAUAAAUUACAUUUUAACAUUA